AUGGGUGGACGACAGGCCCACGGAAGGUCCCUUGUGGCGGCUCCCAAAGCCAAAGCCGCCAACAAAAAGUCAAAAGCGAGAUCACAAAAGAAUGCGCUCGACGCAUUCGGUAUUGCGCAGGAAAACUUUGCGCCCAAACAAAAGCGAACACCUCGAGCGAGAGGGCUGGAUGCCGAAAUAGAGAGAAAACAUGGACGAGACGACGAGGAAGAUGAUGAGGACGAGGAAGACGAGGAGGAACCCCAGAGGAAGAAGGCCAAGAGACCCAGCAGAGCUGCCGAUGACGACGCCGACUAUGGAAGCGACAGUGAGGGAAACGAAUGGCAAUUAGGAGGAAUGCAAGAAGACGAUGAGGACUCCGAGAUUGAGAGUGACGAUGCGCUUGGCGACAGUGACGAGGGCAAGUUCGAUGGCUACACGUUCCGUGGAAGCAAGUCAACAAAGCACGAGGACGACGAUUCAGAGGACGAUUCCCAAGACGAUGAGGGCGAGACCCUCGGCGCAGACGCAAUCGACUUAGCAACCGCUCUUGAUCAGUUCGAAGAGUCAGACGACGAGCCCCAGCAGAAGGAUCAAUCCGAGUCUUCAGAGUCAGACGAUGAUGCAUCCGACGAGUCAGAAGAGGACGAUGAGGACGACGGCGACUCUGACGAUUCUAAUGCCGAAGAUGCAGACCCAGAAAAGAUGCAAGGUCUAAUCAAGCAAUUUGGAGGCCAAAAGGAUGAUGGAGACGAGAAGCCAAAGGCAAAGGCCAAAAUUAGCCUGAGCGAUCUUGGACUGACCGGUAUCAACGACGCCAACAUUAAGAAGUCCAUGAAGCUUAUGAGCAAGGAAGAGAAGGAAAAGCGCCCCGGUGUUUCCAAGAAGUUAAACGUGCCUUUGGCAAGGAGACAACAGGAUCAACUUGACCGAAGCGCAGCUUACGAAAAGACCAACGAGACUCUGGACCGAUGGAACGACACAGUCAAGCAGAACCGAAGAGCAGAGCAUCUCGUGUUCCCUCUGCCCCAGAACUCUAUGACUGCUGGUCUUGACACUACUGAGAUCCAGCCCCUGAAUAUCUCCAAGCCAAGCAACGAGCUCGAGUCCACCAUCAUGUCUAUUAUGGAGCAGAGUGGUCUGACUAUGGACAAGCCCAAAAAGCCCAAGGAGAAGGAAUACGACGAAGAGGGCAAUGAGCUCACUCGCAGGGAGGCUCUCGCUCGCAAGCGUAUAGACCGUGAGGAGGCAGCACGAGAGGCUAAGCGAGCCAAGCGCAUCAAGAAGAUCAAGAGCAAGGCUUACCACCGAGUUCACCGAAAGCAGCGUGAGCGUGAGCGCGAGGGAGAGGAGGACGAGGAUAUUGAUUCUGAAGAAGAGCGCGAGGCGCAAGAUCGCCGACGUGCUCUGGAGCGUGUUGGACAGCGACACAAGAACAGCAAAUGGGCCAAGCUUGGUAACAAGACAAAGCGAGCUGUGUGGGAUGACGAGUUCCGUACUGGUCUUACUGAAAUGGCUCGCAAGGACGAGGAGCUCCGAAGGAGAAAGGAGGGUCGUGCUGGUGGCUCCGACGAGUCAUCCGAGUCUGACAGUGACUCGGAUGGUGGUGAGGCAUCCUUGCGUCGCGAUUUGGCGGCCCUUGAAGAAGAGGACAACGUGCCUCAAAAGGGCUUGAUGGGCAUGAAGUUUAUGCAAAAGGCCGAGGCUGCCAAGAAGGAGGCCGACGCGGCUCUCGUCAACCAGAUCCGACGAGAGCUCGAUGGUGAGGAGUUUGAUGGAUCUGCCGAUGAGCUGGAAGAGGUUGGUCGACGGCAAUACGGCGCCGCAGACGGUAAGCCAUUCAAGCCGGCUCUCGAAACAUCAACCCGGGUGUCCAAAAAACGCAAGUCCGAGGAUGACAGUGACGACGACAUCGUGAUAACCACCAACAGCGCUGCCUACAACCCCGCUGUUCCCAACAUCACAUCCCUCUCCGAACCUGCUCCCUCAACAACCACAGGCAAAUGGUCCCGUGGUGAGUCGCGAAGUAAGAAGAACAAGAGCCAGUCCACAAGCAAUGUUGGUGAUCUCGACCUCAUAUCUCACACCCUUGUCGCCGAGCGUCCAAGCAAGUCCAAGUCAAAACCCCAAACUGCCGAUGAAGGUUCGGACGCUGAGUCCGAUACUGACCUGCAUCUCCCCAUGGCGAUUCGCGAUCAAGAAAUGCUUGACCGUGCCUUCGCCGGCGAGGAUGUUGCAGGAGACUUUGAGGCCGAGAAGACGGCUAUUGCUGAGGAUGAGGAUGACAAGAUCGUUGACAACACACUCCCCGGCUGGGGGUCAUGGGUUGGCGAUGGUGUGAGCGCAAAAGAGAAGAAGCGACACCAGGGCCGUUUCCUAACAAAGGUUGAUGGUAUCAAGAAAAGGGACCGCAAGGACGCCAAGCUGGACAAGGUUAUAAUCAACGAGAAACGCAUCAAGAAGAACGACCGCUACCUCGCAUCCCAGCUUCCUCAUCCCUUCGAGUCCCGCCAACAGUACGAGCGCUCCCUACGUCUACCAGUCGGACCAGAGUGGCAGACAAAGGAGACCUUCCAGGGCAGCACCAAGCCUCGCGUGCUCAUGAAGCAGGGCAUUAUUGCGCCCAUGUCCAAGCCCACAAUUUAG